UUCCACUAGAGAGGCGCCACUGGAGCAAUGGUCAAUCCGUCGCCAGCCCGAGGUGGAGCCACUGCCCCCCACAUCCUGCCCAAUGAGAUGGAGAAUGAUCUGGACAAGAGAGGCUUCACCACCUCCUCCCCAGCACCUCCGGGUAGCGAUGUCAUCGCGGAUUGGUGGGGACUUUGGCAUCUGGCAGCUGAGACCAUCCUCAUCAUCUUCCUGUGCAAAAUCCGCGCCUGGUUCAUGGCCUGCAUCAUCUUCAGGCCGGAGCUCUAUCCCAUCUCGGAGUUCAGAUGCGAUACCAGCUACCUGGUCAGCAGUAGUACGAGCUUCAGUGUCUCGGAUAACCAGUGCUAUGUCCUGGAUGAAUCUACUGGGAGCAGCAGCGAGUGCGAGCAGUUCACCUACGAUUCCAGCUUCGACUCCCUGAUCAUGCAGUUCAACCUGGUCUGCCUGAGGGACAUCUUCGUGGCCUGGACGCAGUACUGGCAUCUGUUUGGUGUCCUCGUAGGCGGCGUUAUGGGCACCAAGAUGAUGUGGGGUCAGCCAAGGAGCACUUAUUGUGUGGGUGCAGUGGCGCAGAUUGUUUGUGGAGGUACUGGAUAUGCCAGGGAUUUCAGCCUCCACUGCGCCUUCCGCUGCCUCUCCGCAGUUUGCUGUGCUAUCAUGUUCACAGCUGGUCAAGCAAUAUUUGCCGACAUCACGGCGGGAAUGCAUCGCAUAGGUGCCAUCAUUUUGUACGAUACCUUCUGGUCCAUUGGGGUCAUCCUGCUGCCGGGACUUUCCUCCUUCUUCAAUAGCUGGUCUAUCUAUGUGGGUAUCACCUUUCCCACCAUUAUGCUGAUAUUGCUGCUGUAUUGGACCCCGGAUUCACCUCGCUGGCUGCUCCGGCAUGCCGUGGAUCGCUUCUCCAUCGACAACGUGGAGGAGAUCGUGCGGGAAGGAGCAGCGAUUAAUGAUCGCACCUUUAAGAUCCCUCCGGACUUCCGGCUGCAGCUGGAGCAACUUAGUGAGCGACUGAAGGCUGCUCCACCACCAGCUCCUUGGCGGGAUUUGUGGAAGGGGAAGCGGGCCAAGACGCACAUGGUGGCCGCCCACCUGGCACUAGCCUUCUUCGUCAUCAACUUCAUGGGCAUGCUACUUAAUAUAAGAUCAUUUGGAAGGGACUAUCGUCCCAAUACCAUUGCCAUGGGAUUUUCGGAAAUCAUUGGCUGCUUCCUGGCCCUCCACUUUGCCCUCAAGCACAACAAGUGGAAGUGGCAAUGUGCCGGGGUCUUUAAUAUAUUAGCUGGAAUCCUAGGCUGCAUGGGCUGGAUAUUUACCAAUGCUGACUCGAGUAUUGGAUGCGAUCUGAAAGUCAGUCUGUGGAUGAUCAUAGCCACCAUUCCCAAGGCGGCUGUCUCCUGUGCCCAGUCGAUGAUCCUGGCCUGCAUGAAUGAACUGAUGCCGGCGAACAAGAAGCUCUUCGUCUUCUCCGUGGUCACCUGCAGGGUGUGGCUCCUCGCCCCAUUCUUCAAUGUCCUGAGGAAGAUCGACACGGCCAUGUCAUUAACCUCGUAUUGUGUGUUCAGCAUUCUGGGUGGAAUCUGCACCAGCCUGCUCCUCACGCCCAGGACGAGUGUUGCCCGUUGUGCCCCAAUUGGACCCAGUGACAAGAAGGAGCAAUCCCCUCUGAACUCCCCAGUUUGGACCGUCGAAUCCGAUGUGAACAAUACUCGAUUGUAGGCGGCGGAGAUCGCAUUUUUUGCCAAUUAAUAGUCUUUGUAUUAUCAGCUAAUGAAACAACAUUCUUCUGUGAUUAGGUUAAGUGAAUUGUUAUUUUAAAUGCUUGCAGUUUUACUACAGAUAUUGGAUGUUUUUUGAA